AUGUAUUUGCAAACUUUUACUGACAAAAUUACUUUAGAACCGAAGUGUGAUUGGAUUCCUCUUGAAUUAUCUGUUGUUCCUAAAAAAGAUAUUGAUAGGAUGCGAGUACACAGUUUGUCUUUUAAUCUCGUAGUUGACGAAAUCAAUGUUACAUACUCGACUCCACUUAACAUUCGUGGACCGCGAAUGAAUAACUCCAAGAAAGAGAAAACAUCACUCUUAUACGGAGAGGAUUACCGCUUAACUGCAGAAGUAACAAAAGAGCAGUGGCCAUUGGUUGAAAUUGAUUUGCCACUAAAACGACGAUUAAUGGCAUUCUGUGGCCAAAUUUGUCGAUUUAAUUGUGACGUGAGCAAUAUAGGUGUAGUACCUGUGGAAGCUUUUUGCAUAGUCACUGAUCAUCCGGAAUUGAUUUCAGUUUAUGAAGAAGAAUGUCCAGAAAGUAGUACAUUUCGAUCUGUGAAAUGUACUGCAUCUGCUGUAGACGUUGCAGUUGGUGUUUUUAACUUAAAGCAUGGCGCUAUUGCUACAGGUCAAAAGAAAAGAUUACAGUUAGCAGUUCGAGCUCCUACUACGGAGUCUCUUGGACUUAACAUAUUAUUGAUUUGCUAUUAUCGUGGUGAUAAUUGUAUGGUCAGAGAACAGCGACAUGUAAUCAUGGUUGAUGCUCGUGUAAUUUUAGAAACUUCAUUAAGGCUUGUUGAUCGUGCCACUGGUGCAUGCGUUUUGCAGCUCCGUAAUCUUAUACCAAGUCGUAGUUCUUUACUCGCCAAAAUUGAACUAAUUAAAAUACGGUUGUUGAUUGCUCAUUCCAAGAUAAAUCUCACUUCGAAAACAUGCCAAAAUUCUUUACCGCAGAUUUUUCUGCAUCCGUUGCAAAGGCGUCGAGUGGAACUGGAAAGUGAACAAACAGACAGUAUACCAUUUCUGAUCAAUGGACAUGAAGGAGCAGUAUCGUUAUGGUUUUGCGAUGAAAUUGCUGAUAUUCCGGAAUGGUCUAGUCCUCCUGACCGUCCAUCUGAAAUAUUCGAUGCUGUAUCUUCAUCAAAACAAUGUACAGAAGAUGAGAAUACAACAGUUCCUGAACUUGAUUUGUUUUUUGCAGUCCUGUGGAAAGCUAAUGUUGUUAAUAGCGAUGGCACUACCUCUACUGUGUUCGGUGAGAACUUUAUACCAAAUCCAUUUCCGCUUGGUUGUUCGGUGCCGUUUUGUACGCAUCAUAUUCUUCGUCCAUUUUCGAUAGAACAGUCGAGUCAAAAUCUCCUGGAAACAAAACGCGUUUCUUCAGAUAAAAAUCUAUUUGCUUUUAUUUGCAAUAUAUCGACAUCUUCAUCCAUAACGUAUCAUAAUUUUAGCAAUGAAAGGUCGUGCCAAAUACCAGUGCAGAUAACAGUAACGAAUGAUGAUUUUCUGCAUCGUCGAAGUUGUACAGUAACAAUUCAUUUUCUGGAUCCCACUCUGAUUCGAAAGCAGAUCGUAGAUUCGGGAAGUACCAACGUUCCAGGAUUUCAACCGCAAAACACACCUUCAUCGAGUUCAUAUGCUCAUUCUUCAUUAGUAUUGCAACCAUUGAUUAUAGCUGAUCGUUCACGUAUGCAUGCAACAAUAGCUUUUGGCUGUACUCAGAUUUUUAAUAUCCGACUCACUGUCUACUGUCCGUCGAUUUACGACAUCAGUCGUUUUCAAGCUGUUGGCUUAUUCGAUGGCGAUGAAACCGAAGUGCCUAUAUAUGUACCUCCAACAUAUAUUACUGUGAUUGAUCAACGGGUUUAA